ACAUCACGAGCAAUUCCAUCGGUCGCGCUCAAGCUCCAGACAGAACAGAAGAAGUGAGCGAGUCGCGAGGCAGAGGACUCAACGGUGUUCCGAACAGUAACAUACCUGUGCACUCUCCGGGCUUUACUAGCAGUCGGAGCGGACUGAGACUGCGAUCUGACGAGCCGCAACACACCGCCUCCGGUUCGCUUCGCAAAGUGAAAGAGAUUUUAUGCGAAAGUUUCCAGGAUUUGUGUAACCUCCCGCGGACGAGAGAGGAAUGAGCGACUUUACGAUGAUAAACUGUUGCCUGAUCCUCAGCGCGUGUCUUCUGUCCAGCCAAGCGGUCUGGAGUCAGCGUGUUCGAGUGGAACCAGAAGUCACUGCGUAUCCAAAUGGAUCUGUCAAUCUGCGCUGUCAGUUCAUCGACAGUGGGACCACCAAACUCACACAGGUUUCGUGGAUGUUUGAGCGUGUGGAGGGGGAUAGGCACAACAUUGCUGUGUACCACCCUGUAUAUGGAGCCAGUUUCCCUAAUAAAGACUUUGAGGGCCGAGUAUCGUUCACUCAGGGCUCCCUGGAGAACCCCUCCAUUAGGAUCAGCAAACUGAAGAUGGUUGAUGCUGGCAAGUACAUCUGCGAGUACGCCACUUACCCCAGUGGGAACGAGCAGGGGACUACCACUCUUAUCAUGCUGGCCAGACCCAAAAACUCUGCCACCGCUGUCCCGGUGCAGGCCGGCUCUUCUGAGGUGGUCGUGGCCAGAUGUGAAGCUGCCCAAGGAAAACCAGAGGCCACAAUCUCCUGGAGCACAGGCGUUGCUGGCCGCUAUAAUGACACUGCAGUGCCCGAGAGUGACGGGACGGUCACCGUGAAGAGCGAGUAUCGGAUGAUCCCGACCCCGGCUGAAAACGGGAAAGAAAUCACCUGCGUGGUGAACCAGAGGACGCAGAACGAACCCAAUUCCUUCCCACUGAAGCUGGUGGUGCAGUAUCCACCCACUGUGACAAUAGAAGGCUAUGACAGUAACUGGUAUAUGGGUCGAACCGAUGUGGUUUUGACCUGCCAAGCUGAUGCCAAUCCAGCACCCACCGAAGUUACCUGGAGAGCGGCAUCGGGUCAGUUGCCGCCUUCGGUACAAGUGGAUCAAAACCGGCUGCUGGUGAAGAAGGUGGACGAAACGGUGAACACCACUUUUGUGUGCGAGGUGAAGAACAGUCUGGGAUCUGGCAAGAAAGAGCUGGUCGUCAUGGUCAUCGAGUCGACUGAAGACCCAUCCAGCGCUGGCAUGGUGGCCGGAGCCAUUCUGGGAAGCUUCUUGGCGCUCGUUUUGGUCAGUGCAUUGGUCGCCUUUUUAGUGAUGAGAAGUCGCCGCCAUCAGCACGGAUAUUCAGGCGACGGCGAACAGGGAGCUUAUGGGAACAAAACUCGUCUUUUUGGAGGCAAGAAGGCUAGCAAGAACGGUGCAGGAUCCAACAACAAUGGGCCGAUCUAUACGUACCGCGAAAGCGAGCCGGGCGUCCUGACAGAGAAAUGCAACGAGUUCCCGCGCAUGACUGGAAGCACGCCAACCGCCCAUGACAUCCUGCUGAGCGGCGAGUUGAACGAGGCUGAACGCAGGAAGUUUGACGCCCUCAAUGACAGCCUAGAUGAUGAUGAAGAAGAGGACGAAAGGUACGACCGUUUCAGCGGGCUGUCGCCCAGCUACCAAAUCCACCGGCACAAAGACGAGUGCACACUUUAUCUGGACGACGACAUGGAGUCCCAGCGAGACGGGUCCAUCAUCUCCCGGACUGCCAUUUACGUCUAGAGGAAACAGAUAAUACACCUGACUGAUAUUCACUUGACCUUUUAAAACAAAAAGACAGAAACUUGCCAUCUGAGGAGUGGAAGCAGAACAGUUAAUGUCACAUCUGUAGACGAAAGCACUCAUUAUCAAACUGAAAACACAAAUUAAUGUUACUCCCCUCACGAUGUGUACUUUUAACUCAUAAUACUGACUGAAAAUAAGAGUGAUUUUGUUGUUGUGUAACUGUUGUUGUGUAACUUGGUGUUAAUGCCCAUUCUAGCCAGAAUCCAUCUUUCGUGGUUGAUUCACUCCCAUGAGCACUAAAUCAAGUUGGCUCUUUGAAGUGAAAAGAAAGCCCAGUGAUUAAGCAUGGAGGAUUGUCAAUGCUACGUCGCACGAGUGGCGCAGCAAGCUGUGACCUGGAAGCCAAGGCCGCUCUCUCCAGGUUGCAUACAUCAGGCUUCUUUUAUCACAGCCCGGGAAUGUCGUCUUCGAGAACAGCUGGAUGUUUUGUUUGGCGAAACAGAGAACGUCAAUGCAGUGCUCGCUCCAGCAUCUGGGUCAUUCAUCUGUGCCACCGAUCAACUCCAGCUGUGAACGAUUUUAACUUUCCCCUACUAUUUUUUUUAGCUCUCGUUUAUUAAUUGGAUGUCUUGUUACGCUAAAGGAAUUUUCUGAAUGACUCGAGGGGUUCUAGGCAGAGGCGCAAUAGUGUUUUUGUUUGUUUCCUCCGUUCUCUCUCUGUCAACCUCUGCAGAACGGUUUGUUCCGGGCCAUGUUUAAUUCAGAAGAGUGUUGUGCAUUUUUGGCUGAUGCAUGUUUUUUCCCAACCCCUGAUUAAUCCAGUUAUAUCAAAACCAUGUGACGCAACAUCUAAAAACUGCAGACAGGAGCUCGACUAGCUACAGCGCACGAAUCCUUCCAGGAGGAAACAGGCUUGGAGUCAAUACUGCAUCUUCACUAAAACUGAUUAAGUAGAUUAAUGCACAUCGCAGAUUGGCAGCAAAGGCUGGGCCUUGAGAGAAACACAACUGAUGUGCCUUUGAGUGUGGGAUUAUGUUGACGGCGGAGCGCUCGAUGGACCCCAGCGGGGAGCGGUAAGCCAGGCGGCAUAUGUUGCCCGGUUCAGCGGAGUCCACGGUGUUGAAAAGCUGCCAGCUGUGAAAAAAGGUCAAGGGGCGAAGCGCUCUCACCGUAUGGUCGGAAGUGAUAUUAGGCCACUCGCUUUACAGAGUCUCUCUAGAGCCGGCCAGAGGUUUGAUUAGAAGCCUCGCACAUAAGCCAACUUUUUCUUUUUUUGGACUACAUAAAAAGACAUUUCAGAUAACUGUGAGUGUGUAACAAUGUGCAUCCAGAUCUGGAUUCAUUAGUCUCUGGGUUGUCGGCGAGCACGUGCUUUGCAUAAUAUGCCGAUUGUACGGACGCUUCGGCAGUGCUUUGAAUUACUUGAGCCGUGACUCAUUCAUCCUUGGUUUCACAACAUCGAGCCUUCGGUGGAGGGAGGUUAGAGCGGUAAUGACACCGGAGCAACACGUUCACCGAUGCGACACUACCCAGACAGAACUCCAUAUCCAGCAAAGCAGAUAUAGCAUGAGUAAUUUGGAGAUUAUACUAUCUGGACCCAGUGACUGUAAAGGCGGUUGUUACUCUAGCCUACAGUGUUCACCCACGCUGCAGACUUGCAAGGCUGUUAAUUUUUAUCCCCCCCCCCCCCCCCCCCCUAAAGCUCUUACAAGUUGCAUCACUGCACUGAAAAAUAAGGGAUGGCGAAGCUACUUUUCUGAGAGCUGCUCAGGCCUUGAAAUAUUCAAGCUGAUAAUAAUGACAAAAAUGAAGAAGUGGAGAGAGAAAAUGGGAAGCUUAUUGCGCUAGUGAAUAUCGUGUUGUUAGCAGUAGCAAAUGUAUUAACUUCACCUGUUUAGUAUGAAUUUGGAGUCAGUGUCAGGCAGAUCCAUGCAUUCAGAGAUCCCUGCGAUGUAUUGUGAGUUACUGUGCUGAACGUUUGGCUUUCAAAUGCUGUUCGAGACUUGAGAAUACUGAAAGAGCAAUGUUGCCAAAUCAAGUUUUCACAACUUUCAGUAUAAGUGUUUUAAUAGAAGCUUUUAUUGAACUUCUCGGAAUGUUAUUAUAGAAUAUUAGUGUUGAGGGUUACAUAGCGAUGCCAUGUUCUCAUUCACACAAUCCCAAGGCUGCAUAAAGAUUAAUUACUGAAAUAAUUGGGCAAAACCCGCAAGGAAUAUGUCUGGGUCACAUUUUACUGCAGAAUCAAAGGAACUUUAUUUUGCAUAAAGAAUCUUAUGUUUUAUUGUAAAUUAUGGUGAUUUAAAUGUUAAGAAGCAAUUAGAGUACAAUAAAGCAUCUGUUUAAUAAAGCCACAAUCCAAAACAGGCCCCCUUUACAGUAUUUUAUGUAACGUACUUUAACAGAUAUUUAGUUUUGGAGUGAAAUAUGACCUGGACUUCGCCUGCCAAUAUUUGGAGGUGAAAGAUACCAUCUAUCCACAUGUUCUCAAUAUUAUAAAACAAAUACUCAUGUUUUGAUAAGUUGAUGUAAGUGCCUUCUGGGAUGUGUAUUCAUGCGAUGUUGAAAUAUUGUAAAUUAAUGCCAGACUUAAAGACUGCAAUCAAUCAACAAUUUUAAGAAAAGAAGAAAAACAAGACCGCCUGAGCAACGGCAAAUUGUCCCCACGUGAUGCUUCUUAAUUGCUGUGCAUUAUGUCGCAAGUUAUUAUUAACUCAUCAGCUGUGGAGCUGAUUAUUCAUUCACUCUGAAUGUUGUGUUGUGUUGUCAGGUUGUGACACUGUGUAUGAAAAACCCUCGGACAGAUCCCCUCUGCCUGACGUCUUUUGUGUAAAAACUGCAUCAGGUACAGAUCACAUCACGUAACUGCUGUAUUACAAAUAAUCUUUGUCAAAACUUGUGAGAACAGAUUAUACACUCUCUUUGUUUUGUUUAGUUUGUUAUAUACUAUGGAUGGAAACCUUUACUAUCUUGUGAGGUGUUGAUGGUGUGUAUCUUGACGUGAUGUGUCCUGUGUGUGAGAUAUAUAUAUACUGUAUAUGUAUGUAUUUAUCACCAAGAAAUCCAGUGAGAUAAAAGUGAUAUUAAUCGGUUCUGUAGAUAACAGAUGCAGUGGUCAGUUCUGGCCAAGGUUAAAUAUGAAGCAGAUGUCGUAUACAGUAAUAGCCCAGAGUAGACAUGAGAAUAACCUCAGCUGCCUUGAGCUGGUGAUUUAGACGGACGGGAAUCCUGCGCAUUCAGCAGAUGUAGCUUCCCAGACGCACACUAGUUAGUAACUGGCACACGGCCUGCGAUGAAAGUACAGUACACAUUGACGUGCGCACAAACUUUUUACACUGACAAAUUUAGCUCUCUCAGCCAUCAACAACAUAAUGCACACUCUUAGCCCUCGACAUGAUGAGCUGUCAACACUAAAUAAACACACACACACACACACACACACACACACAAACUCACAUACUCGACUGUAGUGGGUGAAUCUCGUGCUCUUAUCCUGGUCAUAUGAUGCCCGUGACACAAAGAAGAGAAAAAAGAAAGUACUUUUUGUUUAAGGACUAUUGUAGCUUAUUUUACAUUGUCAUGGAAAAUAUAAAAAUAUAAGGACAUUUCAAAAUGUUAUUUUCUGGCCUUGAAAGUAUAAAAAAUAUCCUUUUUUUGUGAAUUGUGAAAGUGAAUUGGUGAAAAUGUUUUUUCUUUGACUGUAAUUUUAUUUAUAAUAAUAAUAAUAAGUUACAUUUAAAAUGUAUAUACACAAUAUAAAAUAUAUUUUUUUUAAAUGAACAAGUAAAACAGAAAUUAUUUAAUAGUGUAAACACUUUACAUUGUGAGUUAAUUUUGAAAAAAUAUAUAUUUUAGAUUUUGAAUAUUUAAAAAUUAUGACACAGAAUUAAUUUAAAUAAUAAAGUAAAAUAUCACCAAAAUUAACUCAAGUAAAAUACAAAUGCUUCAACUGUGUUUUUAUUUGAUUUAUUUUUAUUUUAUAUUUUUAAUAUCCCCAUUAUUAAAAAUGGGCAUAAUUUUUUUUCUUGACUGUAAUGAUGUUAAGUUGAAUAAAAAAUUUUUUAAUCAAAACAUUUACAUUUUUAAAUAUUUAUUCAAAAUACAAAAUAAAAAUAUAUCCCUUCCAAAUUAACUCCAGUCAAAUGUAAAUGCUUUAUUGGUAUAAAGUUUACAUUUUAAUUGAGUUUGUUUUGAAAUGUAAUUUUAUUUAAAUAUUAUGAAUAUUAAAAAAAACAAUUAUUAUGCAUUUUGUUUGGCUUAUAGCAUUAUUUUUAUUAUUAUUAUUUAUUUAUUUAUUUUUCUCCCUUUGAUGUUGGGCUGAAAUAUGAAGCAGGCCUUGAUCUUGAUGAGAUUCGCCCUCAGAUCUCCCCGCACACACUGUGGCCAUCCAGGAUUUAUUCUUCGCAGUUUAAAACCUAUGUGAGAAACUAUUACACCGGUAUUAUCCCGUUUAGUGAAAGACAUCAUCAAGAUUCAUGCAAAUUUCCUCCGUUCCUCACCAGUCAUGUGGUGGAAAGACUUGUCCAGAUGAGAUGGGGACCGCUGGGGCUCUAAUCUUCUCUGAAAACGGUUCCACAGCGGGCAGGUUACAAACCAAUGUUUCUGGCAUGCAAUUACACAGCCUGUCCGCAACCACUACUCUUAAUUUUUGACAACAGAAAUGGGUUAUGGCAUCUCCAGUUUGCAUCUGCCUCCGGUCUCAAAGCAGCUCGGAGCCAUUAGACCAAAUUACGACUCCACGCUUGUUUUCAUGGCCUGUUCCCUCUCAUCGGCUGCUUGUGAAUACUAUAAAUAAAUGAUAGAACUAGCAAAAGCAUUACUAAUUGAUUCGCAGCCCUGCAUUACCUCCACGCUGUCCGGUUGUUUUGCUGCUUUUCUGUUUUCAUUGUGUAAGAUGUUUAGUCUGUUUUGGAGGAAGAGGAUGCUUUAGCAUCACAAAGGUAUGAUUAGUGCUGACAAAAAUGUUUGUGUGGUGUGUUUAUUUGGAGCGGAAACAAAAGCGUGUACAUUCCAAGUCCCAUUAUUGUCCUGUCACAUUAUUUUUGUAAACUGGUUGUAAUUAAAAAACCUGUGGAUUUCUAA